AUUUCAGCAAAGCUCAUCGUAUUGAGUUUCAUCAUGGCGCAUCUGCCUUCGGAAAGUCGCCUCUGGCGUAGUGUCCUGCCACUCUUCGCAGUCCUUGGCUUGUGUGCAAUGCCGGUUAUGACAGAUGAGAUCCCACCAUAUUCUGGAAAAUACAACGUCGGGGCAGCUAAGCAGGUCAUUGCUAUCAACGAGCCGGAUGUAUUUGCUCCAGGGAAUAUCAGCACAUCUUUUCUGGUGACCUUGUUUUAUCCGACAUUGCAAGAGGCAGAUAUCCCUGGAAGAACACCCUACCUGACAGAGGUCACCGCAAAGCAGUUUGAAGAGUACUUUCAAUUUCCUGACGGUACCCUUGCCAACUUCACGACGCGGGUGCAAUGGGGCGCGCCCUUUGCCGAGACAUUGCUCCAAGACGAGGGAUCCGACUCGCCGACUCUUCUUUUCGGGCCAGGGCUGGGCGGCCCGCCUUGCGAGUGCUAUACUCUCCUGCUCUCUGAGCUAGCCUCCAAGGGGUUCACCGUUGCUGCCCUCGACCACACGUACGAGCAGCCAUAUGUGUUGUAUCCAAACGGCAGCGAAUACUACGGCCCACCUCUCGAGUACCCCUGGAGCACCGAGGAGGCUCUGACCGCAAUCGACCACCGCGUAAACGACUCUUUCGCGUUUGUCGACGCUUGGCCCAGACUGUCCAAGAAGCUUGGUUUUGACUCCACGACCGACAGAUUUGGGGUCUUCGGUCAUUCUAUCGGCGGGGUAGCUGCUCUCACCUUUGCUCAGCUGGUAGACAAGAGUCUUGUUCCUGCUGGUAUCAAUCUAGACGGACAAUUCUUGGGGAACCUGAACAGCUCAGCCGCGGACCUGGCACGCCCGUCUCUGCUGCUCGGCCUCGAAGGGCAUUUAAGUGCCGGCAUCGACCUGACUUGGGACACGUACAGCGAGGCCCAGUCGGACUGGUGGCGUAUCAUCGAGGUCAACGGGACUCUGCACCGUGAUUGGAGUGACUUGACAUUCUGGAAGAAUUUGAACCCCCCUUUGCCUACUCAUACUGGAAACAUCAGCAGCGAUAGGAUGGUUGAAAUCGAGACAUCACUUGUUGCUGGAUUUUUCAACUGGACGCUCUUGGGGAAGGAUGAGGGUGAACUUUUUGACAAGCCUGAUCUGUUUUACCCUGAAACAGUCCUCGUUGCAGGUGAUCUUGAAAUGGUAGAAGAAUGA